CGUAUUUAGCUAUUUCUUCCUCCCGUCCUUAUGGGCAUUUCGUAAAUAGGGUGCUUUAUGGAUUCAGCACGCUUCCCCCUGGCGGCUACGGGCGGACAUUUAGGCCAGAACAGAACUGAACUGAAGGGUUCAGCCAGCCUGCUUAUAUAGAGCUCCACUACAACGCAACAGUAACCACUUUCUGUAACUAUCCAAUCACUGAACGUCACUUUCAAUCCCUUAUUUGCAUAUGUGGACCUGAGUGAAAACUAUCUACAGUAUCCUACUGUUGGCCCAGGGUGAGAACUUCAGUACAUAACAGGCUGAGAGGCAGUGACUGGGUCACCAAGGUUGCAGCCAGUGAGCUUAAUAUCUGAGUAGAGAAUUUGAAGUUGCCCCAGCCUCCUUUGAACUGGCUUGCACUUCCAUCCUGUGAAGUGCCCAGGUCCUGGCUUGCUAGUUUUCACAGCCAUGGCAACGGAAGAGAAGAAGCCAGAUUCAGAAUCAACCAAAACACAAUCAACAACCUCCUAUUCAACCAAUCAGGGCAAGCCUGCCCCUGUAAAACCAAACUAUGCCCUGAAGUUCACGCUGGCAGGACACACAAAAGCUGUCUCAUCUGUGAAAUUCAGUCCCAAUGGGGAGUGGCUGGCCAGUUCUUCGGCCGAUACGCUUAUAAAAAUCUGGGGCGCCUAUGAUGGCAAAUUUGAGAAAACCAUAUCUGGCCACAAGCUGGAAAUCUCUGAUGUCGCUUGGUCAUCGGAUUCAAACCUCCUUGUAUCUGCCUCAGAUGACAAAACUCUCAAAAUUUGGGAUGUGAGCUCAGGGAAUUGCUUGAAAACCCUGCAGGGGCACAGCAACUAUGCUUUCUGCUGCAAUUUCAACCCUCAGUCAAACCUCAUUGUCUCAGGAUCCUUUGAUGAGAGUGUGAGGAUAUGGGAAGUCAAAACCGGGAAGUGCCUAAAAACCCUGCCAGCCCAUUCUGACCCAGUUUCAGCAGUGCAUUUUAACCGCGAUGGCUCCCUGAUAGUGUCCAGCAGCUAUGAUGGCCUCUGCCGGAUCUGGGAUACAGCAUCAGGACAGUGUUUGAAAACACUUGUCGAUGAUGACAAUCCGCCUGUGUCUUUUGUGAAGUUCUCUCCCAAUGGCAAAUAUAUUCUAGCGGCAACGUUGGACAACACUCUUAAGCUCUGGGACUACAGCAAAGGCAAGUGCCUAAAGACCUACACAGGCCACAAGACUGAGAAGUACUGCAUCUUUGCCAACUUCUCCGUUACUGGUGGAAAGUGGAUCGUGUCUGGUUCAGAGGACAAUCUGGUUUACAUCUGGAACCUCCAAACAAAAGAGAUUGUACAGAAGCUGCAAGGGCAUACGGAUGUUGUGAUCUCUACAGCCUGCCAUCCAAUGGAGAACAUCAUUGCCUCAGCAGCUCUAGAAAAUGACAAAACAAUUAAACUUUGGAAGAGUGACUGUUAAGAUGCUUUCAGCAUCACUUCAGAGACUGCUGUAUCUGUGUUGGUGUUUUUUGAAGACCCAUUUGCCAGGAAACAAAGCAACCUUUGAGAAGGUGAUGUCUCCUAGUCUUGGCCCAAAUAACUUCUCUCUUUGGCUUGUCUCCAAACUGGGCAAAUAUAGGGGGGGCUGGGGGGACGCGGGUGGC